AUGCCGUUCCGCCAGCAAGACGACGCAGGGCCCGACGCGCUCGCCCAGGCCACGGCCGGCAUGUCGCUCCAGGCCAACCAGCCCAUGGCCAGGCCGGGCCUCGGCACCAAGGGCAGGCCGUUCCCUGUCCGCGCCAACGCCUACCUCGUCAAGCCUCCGAGCAUCGUCUGCUACCACUACGACGUCGCCAUCUCGCCCGCCAACCCGGUGACGCCGCCGCGCCUCAACCGCCAGAUCUUCGCCUACCUCGACCGCGAGAUGCACGCGUUCGGCGGCCUCGCCGUCUGCUACGACGGCCGCUCGAUGAUGUACUCGCCCAAGAAGCUGCCCGCCGACGAGGGCCAGUGGUCGAUCACGCUCCCCGAGGAGGACGGCACCAAGUCGCGCAACGGCGGCGGCCGCGACUUUACGGUCAAGAUCCGCUUCACGCGCCCGAUCGACCUCGAGCGCCUCGCCGUCUUCGUCCGCGGCGACUUGCGCGGCCAGUCGAUCGAGCCCGACGCGAGCGAGGUCCAGUCCGCGAUCCAGGCACUCAACGUCGCGAUCCAGAUGGGCCCGAGCAUGCUGUACCCGUCGCGCAACGCCUCGUUCUUCCUGCCGCCGCUCGACCAGCGCCAGGCGUCGCUCAGCCGCGGCCUCGUCAUGUGGCGCGGCUUCUACAGCUCGCUGCGCCUCGGCCCUGAGCAGCUGUACCUCAACCUCGACAUCGCGUCGACGCCGAUGGUCGCCGCCGGCUCGCUCCCCAACAUCAUCCUCGACUUCCUCAAGGCCGGCAGCCGCAACCUGACGUUCCAGCAGAUGUCGGCGAAGUCGAUCCCGGGCACCGAGAUGAUCAAGCUCAACCGCUUCCUCAAGGGCCUCAAGGUGCAGCUCAAGGUCCGCGACAAGGACGGCGUCAUGCCGACGCGCAAGAUCAAGAUGCUCGAGGCGGUCGGCGCGGCCGACGUGCCGUUCGACGUCGACGGCAAGUCGUCCACGAUCGAGAGCUACUUUGCCGAGUUCUACAACACGCGCCUGCAACGUCCCGACUUCCCUGUCGUGCGCGUCAGCAAGACGGCGGCGUGGCCGAUCGAGCUCGUCGACUGCGAGGCCGGCCAGAAGUGGACCAAGAAGCUCGACCCGGAGCAGACGGCCGACGCGAUCCGCCUCACGACCGUCGGACCCGGCGACCGCCUGCAGCAGCUCAGCAAGGGGCUCGAGCGCAUCCAGCCCGGGCCCGAAGCGCUUCAGCAGUGGGGCAUCGCCAUCGACACGACGCCGAUCGAGGUCAGGGCGCGCGAGCUCCAGGCUCCUGUCGUCAACUUCAAGCGCCCUGUCAUGCCGAGGAACGGCGCGUGGGACGUGCGCGGCCACCAGCUCUACAGCGGGACGAGCGUCGAGCGCUGGAUCGUCGUCGCGUUCGACCAGCCGAACUACUUCCCGCUCCGCAGCGCCCAGACGGCCAUCACGGGCCUCGUCACGGCGUGCACCAAGAUGGGCAUCGCCAUCCUCGACCAGCAGCCGGCCAUCACGUACGCGCCUCGCGGCGCCGACGUCCACGCCUUCCUCCUCGACGAGGGCCUCAAGAUGAUGCAGGAGCAGGGCAAGCCGCCGCAGCUCAUCAUCUGCUUCCUGCCUCGCCGCCCUAUGGACGCGUAUGGCGACAUCAAGCGCUUCGGCGACCAGCAGGUCGGCGUCGCCACGCAGUGCCUCUUCGUCCCCAAGUGCAUCAAGGGCAACGACCAGUACUUCGGCAACGUCGCGCUCAAGAUCAACAUCAAGAUGCAGGGCGGCAUCAACUCGAUCCUCAAGCCCGAGGACCUCGGCCCUGUCGCCGAGCGCCCGACGGUUCUCGGCGGCGACGUCUCGCACGCGUCGCCCGGCUCGCUCGCGCCCUCGGUCGCCUCGAUCGUCGGCUCCAUGGACCACACGUGCAGCAUCUACGGCUCGGCGAUCACGGUGCAGCCUUCUCGCCUCGAGGUCAUCGCGAGGGUCGAGGAGAUGCUCCUCAAGCUCCUCGGCCAGUUCACCAAGCGCAACGGGAUCAAGCCUGAGCGUCUCAUCUUCUUCCGCGACGGCAUCUCCGAGGGUCAGUUCAGUCAGGUUAUCUCGACCGAGGUCGGGUCGAUCCGCCGUGCGUGCGACCGCUUCGAGCCGGGCUACAAGCCGACCCUCACCUUCAUCUGCUGCGGCAAGCGCCACAAGCUGUCCUUCUUCCCGAGCAACCGCGCCGACGCCGACCCGAAGACGGGCAACGUCAAGCCGGGGACGAUCAUCGACACCGGCAUCGUCUCGCCGUUCAACUUCGACUUCUAUCUCAACGCGCACCAGGGCCUCCUCGGUACCGCUCGCUCGGCGCACUACGUGGUCCUCGUCGACGAGAACGCGCUGUCGCCCGACUCGCUCCAGAGCCUCGUGUACAACCUGUGCUUCACGUACGCGCGUGCGACGCGGUCGGUGUCGAUCGCGACGCCCGCCUUCUACGCCUCGCGCCUCUGUACGCGCGCGCAGCUCCUCCUCAAGCGCGACGACGACGACUCGACGACGCAGUACUCGUCGACGAGCCACUCGAGCCAGGAGCAGCACCUCCGCUCGGCGGCGCUCGCCGAGUACACCUCGCGCCUCAAGGAGAUCCACCCGAACCACGCCGAGACCCUCUUCUACAUGUAG